AUGAAUGAUCUUUUGGAAAUUAAAUUGUUGAACAAGAGCGAAGAUGACACUCUUCGUAUUCAUCACCUUCCAUGCAAAAUUGAUCAUAAUGGUCAAGCCCAAGUUGAUAAAUAUUUUGAAGGCAAUGUAAAGGAAAAACGAGCAGACAAUAAUGUACAUGGCCAACAAAACGUUGGAGAGUCCUCGGAACCACAAAGCAACACAGUCAUCUUUGAAUCUUCGUUUAGAGGAAGACCUCUUCAAGGAAAACAAGUAAAUUUCGAUGAAGAAUUAAAAAAUCAAGACUUAUUGGAUGUGACUGGUUAUAUCAUCAAUGAAGACAAAAUUUCUGUUCACCGAUUCAAAGAAUUCACCACGUGGACUCUCGACCAAGACCCACAACUUGAACAAGACAUUCAAUCGUCUCUGGAUUGGAUUCAAUUUUCAUCCAUUAUUCAUCAAGAAAUAAAACCUAAUCAAAGUCUGUAA